AUGGCCGGAGUGAAUGGAGACCGUAAAGGGAAAAAAGAUGACAAUGGCAUUGGCACAGCCAUCGACUUCAUGCUUUCCAACUCUAAGCUUGUUUUGGGAGUUGGUGGAGCAGCCAUGCUUGGCAUUGCAACGCUUGCCAUCAAAAGAAUGUACAAUCGUGCAAUAAGUGCUCCAACCAGCCCCACCAAGUCAGAGCAGAAAGGGAAACAAAGCUGGGAGGAACCUGCCUGGGUGGGUUCAUCACCUCGGGUCCUAAACCACAACAUGAAGGCCACUAUUAGCAGGUCUCUUCAAUCCCUUCCCACUGCCUCAAAUUCCUUCGAACCAGACUAUCUGCGGAGGGCUGUGGGUCGAGCUGCUGUGAAAGGAAGCGGCGCAACUCAGUCCGACCUGCUCCGCGCUCGGAUGCGCCUCUCCCUGCAGGAGCGUCUGUGGGAUUUCUACCAGAAUGACGUGGACAUUCCCGCUGAGGAGCAGGCUGCGGCCAGGAGAGCUGCGUUGGACAUCUGUGCUGAAUUGCGAGUGUUUCUCCAUGCCAAACUUCCGGACAUGCCGCUCCGAGAGAUGUACCUAAGCGGUAGCCUCUACGAUGACUUGCAGGUGGUGACGGCAGACCACGCCCAACUCAUGGUGCCCCUAAUUCUGGAGAAGAACCUGUGGUCGUCCAUUCCAGGCGAGGAAACAAUCAUGAAUGUUCCAGGUUUCUGGCUUGUUCGCAGAGAGAAUUUAGAAUAUUUCCCACGGAACAGCAGCUACUGGGACCGAUGCAUGGUGGGAGGUUACCUCUCUCCUAAAUCGGUCCUGGAGGUGUUUGAUAAGCUUGUGGGUACCAUCAACUGGCCUGCUAUUGGCAGCGUCCUGGACUAUGUUAUUCGUCCCGUGGUCCCCUCAGAAACACUGACCCUGGAGGUACAAUACGAGACGGACCGAAAGCUAUACGUGGACUUACUGCCAUUACUUGUAAUGGAGGACGGGACUUCUCUUAUAGCCAAACCGCAUCGGCUUGCGGCUGAGCGCCAUGAAAACUUGUGGAGGGAGAGCUUCCGAGUGGCUGAGACUGCGCGGCUAAGAGCUUUGGAUCAAGAAGAUGGCGGCUACCGAUGUGCUUGCCUCAAAGUGGCUAAGGCUGUGUGCAAGCUUAACCCUGCCCUCAACCGGCUUAAUGCCAGCCAGCUCACCAAUGCAAUCUUGCUGCUAAGUGAAAAACAAGGUGACUGGACCCAUGAAGUACUGGCUGAUAACUUUCUACAGCUGCUUAAGGAACUCGUGGGUUUCCUAGAGGCGGGGCGACUGCCCUGUGCUCUGAGCCCCAAAGUUAACUUGUUCUGUGAACUGACCGAGCAGGAAGUGGACGAGCUAGGUUAUACUCUCUAUAGUGCGCUUUCAGAGCCCGAAUCACUUUUGGUGACCGCAGCGACACGUCUUCCGCAUCCAUCCUAA